AUGACAGAAAAUACACCUCCGACCACUACUAAUCCCAUGUUUGAAUGGGAGUAUCAAAAGGUAGAGAGGAAGCUUGAUCUAAUCAUCGGAACACUUUGGAGAGUAGCCAAGAAGAGAAGCAUUGCUGUUGAGCACAUCUCUCAGGAAGAGUUGAACGAGUUGACAACAAGAAUCAUUCAUUCGUUCAGCAGCAACAAUCAUCACAUGUUUCAAAUAAUAAUUCAAGCCAUCACUUUAAGAAUUACUAAACACUCGGCGAAAAUUUUGUAUGACAGCUUUUUUGGAUUUUGCGAGAGAUUGGCCUUCUUCUGCACGCUUGUAUGGAAUAAGGCUGUUUGGGCCAACUUUCUUCGAGAUGUUUGUCUGUCUGUUGUAAAAAAUGGUGAGACAUGUGCCCGUUCAAAAUACAGAGAAAAAUUGAUUCGAAAGUUGUUAAAUGAUGGUAAAAUUCAUUCCGAAGAGAUUUCUGAUGCAGAUCUUGUGUAUAUUUUGAAGCAUACAAAUAUUGAACAACAAGUGGAGGAGCUAAAUGAGAAUGACGAAAACCAUGAAAACCUUACGGAGAUGUUCCAAUCAUCACCGGAUUUGUUGGAAUUGAAACAAAUUGAUGAAAUUCAUCCGUUAAUAUCUUUUAAUUCUUCUCUAGAUCUCGAAAUUCUUUUAAAUAUCAAAGGUAAACCCACAUCCUUCCAACAACAACAUAUUAAAACAAUGGACAAAUAUUUUGAACGUUUGCUCAAGUUGUCAUUCCGUGAAGGAGACGACACGAUGUCUUCAUUUCCAGAAUUAUGCUAUGACAGUGAGGACGAAAUGAUACUAGACGUAAACAAAAAACCAAAGAGUUUUCUAAUAUUGGGGGAGUCAUUCAGCGGAAAGGGUAAUAUCGCAAAGAAAAUUUCACAACAUUUCAAUUGUGUCAGAUUAGAUUUACAAGAAAUGGCCAAAGAGGAAUUUAUGGCAAAGAGCGAAAUGGGAUUGACUAUCGAAAAGCAUUUAAGGGAGGAUCGAAGCAUCCCAAACUCGGUGAUAACGGACAUGUUGAAAAAGUGGUUGAUGUCAGAUUCUGUUAUUGAACGUGGCUAUACGCUUGAGUGGGGAAGCAUUCUUGGUCACGAUGUUAGAACUGAACUCUCAAAGUCUCUUGAAGAAUAUCCACCGAAAUAUGUCCUUAAUUUAGAACUUGAUUCAAAGGAAAAGGCCUCACGAAAACAAGAAAUGAUAUCUAGAAUUUCCAAAAGAAUUGAUGAGCUCGAAAAGACAAUUGAAGAAGAGGAUGAAAAAGAGAGAAACGAGAUGGAAGAGGAGAGAAGAAAACAAGAAUUGAAAGAAGAAAAAAAACGUUUGUUAGAAACACAAAAAUUAAACAACAUGAAAGAAAAUCAAGAGAAAGACGAAAACAAUGAAGACGGUGACUCAAAAGAGAAUGAGGAAGAAACAGAGGGUGAAGAGCCUCCAAACGAAGAGGAGGAAGAACAACCUGUUGAAGACGAAGAAACCAAAUUGGAACGAGAAAAAAAGAAAGCCCUAGAAAGACAAACAAAAUUCAUGGAGAGACUCGAAUACUUUUAUUUGAAAAGAAAAAUUUCGGACGAUGUUUGUUCUGACCCAGAAGAAUUGGAAGAGAUUAUUCAAAAUGCUAAAACUCAUUCAAAGUUUAUUUCUUCGAAUACUUCAUCCCAAAGUUUAAAUGAUGUAUUUUUCAACAUUUUGCAGAGAAUUGUUCGAGCCUCUCCCAAUAUCCUUGCAAAAAGCGCAUCGUUGCCGAGUGACAAUCCAGAAGAAGAGGAGGACCCUCAUGCACAACUCUCUGCAGCGUUGGAGAAAGGAUACAAAUGGAGCAGCUGGAAAAAGUACUGCCCUGUUAGGUUCCAAGUUGACAGAGCAAUAGUGGAGGGUACAUAUCCAGUUCUUUUCAGAGGUAGAAUUUAUUUAUUGUCAACUAAAGAGUACCAAAAGGAAUUUAUGACGAAUCCGUCUUAUUAUUUGAGGAGAAAGCCUCAAAAGAAACAGAGGGUAAUAUUUGUUUGGAAUGGGGAAGAAGGAAAAGAGAUAUAUGAAGAAGUGGUGAAGAAUUAUGAUGUAGAAUGCUCGGGGUUAGAGAUCUAUACAAAUUAUGUUAAAACGUUACCCCAACUUCCAAAGGAGCCCAAAAAGCCAGAAUCUACCACAAAUGGAGCUGAGAAUGAAGAGAAUGUUGAGCCUGCUUCUAUAGAGUAUUCAGAAGAUAUUGCCAAAAGUAUUUUUGUGAAUGCAGGUUCAUCCUCUAACCAUUUCGAUCAUUUGAAACAACUCGUUGAGAGCCCAUGCGCAUCGAUAGCCACUUGUAUAGUUGUGAUAAAAGCUGAGGCUCCGGAAAGCCAAGCAGAAAAAGAGGACGAAGAGGCUGAAAAAUCACAUCCACAAGAAGUUGCUGAUUUUGUCAAGUACGUCAAAGACAAGGAAGAGCAACUUGCAACUAAAAAGAUUAAGGUUGUAGAAGUUUCUUUGACCAGCACAUGGGAAGGAGUAUUUAACAUUAGAAAACAAAUUGAUCCAUUCUAUUCUGAAGCGUCUAUUGUCUCUGGAAUUGAAAUUCCAAAAGAAGACUUGAUAUUUGAAAGAGAAGAAUCGGUCACUCAAGGAUCUGCAGUCGAGGAAGAAAAUGAGGGCGCAGACGAUGAGCUAAAAUUUGUUCCUGAGCUACGACAAAGAGUGCUUGGUUAUUCUGGUCUAUUUUGUCCUGUCACCUUGAAAGAGAAGAAGUUAUUGAUCAAGGGAGAUCCAUCAUUGUGUGUGAGUUACAGGAACAAGCAUUACUUGUUUGACAAUCAGGAAUGCGUUGAUCGUUUCAUUCUUCGACCUCAUCAUUACACACAAGACCUUAACCUCUCAUCCAUCAAUAUUUGGAUCCUUAGUGCUGGUGAUCAGAAUGCCUUUGGAGAAAGACUCUCCAAGAUGACCAAAUUAUCAGUGAUCAAGCUUGAAGAAUCCUUUAUUGAAAAUGAAGGGUCAAGAUACGAGUCAGUAAAGAAGUACAUUGAAGAAUUGGAGAAACCAAUGGAGCCCGCAAAACAAGAAAAACCAGAAGAAGAGGAUGAAGACGACAAUCAAGAAGUUGCAGAGGACGAAGCAGCCAAGCAAGAAAAAAAGAUGAGAAGAAUGUGCCAUAUUUUCAAGCUUAUCCUCCAAGAAGAAAAGUACAGCCAUGGUUAUAUUCUCACUUCUAUUCCAUUUGGAGAGAAUAUAGAACAAUUACUUGGCAUUCUGGAUGAAAUUGGAAUUUAUCCAACGGUGUUGUUGAAUUUUAAAGUAUCUGAGGAAAAUCUUGUCAAAAGUAGAUUUGAACAACACAAUUCUGAGUAUAAGAAAAUGGUUUUAGAACGAAAAGUUAAAAAGAGAAAAGAGGCCGAAAAGGAUAAAAUCGAAAGAAGAUUAAAAAAGAAGAAACAAGAGACAGAAAACGAGGAAGAAGAAGAACAUUUGAAUCAAGCGGAGGAAGAGGUAGUUAAAACAAAGGAGGAAAUUAUGGAAGAGGUACAAAAAUCAUACACAGAUUCCGUAGAAAAGAUUGAAGAAAUUAUUUCUAGAUAUCAAGGAAAACGAUUUGUCGUCCGCGAUAUAGACUCUACAAAACCAGAGAGAUUGUUCCAAAAGACUCUUGAAGAUUUUAUCAAAUUAUUUAUGGAUAGAAAACCUUUGUUUGAUUUUGUAGCACCAUGCACUCAUGAAAUUGCAAUUAAUUUGAUUAAUGAGGGUAAAAAGAAGUUAGGAUUCUCUUAUUUUGACAAGGUAGAAAGAAUUAUUCAAAGUGAAGAAUUUCCAAAGAUUCAACAACAUUUUCUCACUUUACGUCAUGCAGAAGAUGACUAUAUUGUAAAAAUUCCAGAAGAGUCACCUCAAGUGACAACCAGACCACAGGAGCCAACAAACAACAAUCAAGACGAGAUGGAGGAAAAUGAAGAACAACCAACAGAGAAAGAAGAAAAUGAAGACAACCGAGGUGAGGAUGUUACUCAAGAAGAGCAAGAGAAUGGAGAAGAGGAAAGUAAGAAAAAACAACCUGAGCCUCCAAAACCAGAACUUUCAUUCCCAGUGGUUGUCAACAAUAGGGUCUUCUUCUUCCGAACUGAAAAAUCUCGAGACAUGUUUUUGAAAAACAGAAAAUUCUACAUGGAACAAUCUGUGGAUGACCAUACGUUCCGACCCAAGAUUUUAAUCCUCGGAACGGAUCAAGAGAAACGCCAAAGUGUUGCAAAGAAGGUUGCAGAAAAUCUUGGUUGUGUAUAUAUUAAUAUGAACGAAAUUGUAAAUACUUUCAAGCAGUACGAUACCAUGUUGGGUCACCGAUUAAGAUCCAUUGAAGGAGAGGUUCGAUCGAAAGAAGAAUUGGAAGAUCUUGUAGAGUUGUUAAAAUUGAGAGUCCAACAUUUUGAUUGUCAAGUGAAAGGUUAUGUCAUGGAUGGCAUUUAUCUUUCAUUCGAAGACGUGAAAGAAUUAUCACUCAGGGGCGAAGUUAUUGACAAGGUCUUUUUUUUACAUAAUGACAAGGAGAUGUUCACUCAAGAAGAACGACAAAUUGAAACUCUAUUCGAAAUUGAACGACCAUUUACCACAUGUCGUCUUCCAAUGUUACCUGAAUGGUUACUUGUGUCUAAUAUUCAGAGAGCUGUGACAAGUACUCUCUCAAAACAAUAUUUAUUCCAAUUGAAAACAAGUAUGGAACUUGCAGCGCCUAUUCAUGAUGUGGGACUUUGCAAUUCCUUCUUCACAGAACAUUUAUCAAAAUUUAAAACCCAUUGUCCUGUGAAAUUUGUGGAAGAAGGUAUUCUUUGUGACACAAUUGCUGAUCGAUCACAUGUUUAUCGAUGUCUCUACUCUCAAAGAAUUUAUUGUAUGAAUGAUGGUGCAGCGUUGGAAAAGUUCCUUUCCAAUCCAGAAAAGUACACCAAACAUGAAGAAAACUUUCCCUCUGAUCUUCCAAGAGAAGUCAAUGAUUUGGUCCUUAAGGGAGUGGACGCCCUUCGUGAAGAAGAAUACGAUGAUGAAAUUGCUUACAAAUUUGAAUAUAAGGGAUUUUGCCCAAUUUUGUUGAGUAUUGGAAUUAUCAUGUGGGGAAAGAGUGUCCACUCGAUUGAAUAUAAGGGAAAGCUCUUUAGGACUUAUUCGAGUGAGGGAAGAAUUAAAUUUAUGCAAACUCCUUGGAAAUAUUUGAAUCUUCCACUCCCUGAUAAAUUGCCCGUUCGACAACGAGAGUGGCCUAAUUUAGGAGUGGUUGAAUAUUUGGAAGAGUCGGUUGCUUCUGUGCUGUCAAACUCUGUGUUGGAGCUUGCAAAAAUUAGACCCUUGUACAGAGGUUUGAGUGUCAAGGAUUCUGCGUUGAAGCAUUUGGCGCUUCUUCUUAAAAGGAACAACAAUGCAAACAAAUGUAUUGUGAAUAAACACUAA